AUGCGUUCUGGCCAGCAGAAAUCGCCACUCCCGUACCUGCCUUCGGACUUCAAGGUGAACGUGGUGUUCAAGUCGUGGUUCGACGACAAGCUGUACUCGUUCACUGUCGCCUACACCCGCCAGGGCCAGGGUCUGGGCAACCGGCUGUACGUGUCCCGCACGUCGCAGGGGAUCAGCUACAUCAAGCUGUACAACUUCGACAACGACGCCCUAUACGUGGCCGACGGAGCAACGAGACAGUGUCAGGUGACCAAGGGCAUCCCCGACUCCGAGAAAGACGACCCUUACUUCCCGGUGAAAUUCCGUGCGGACGCCAAAGGAGGCAAGCUCUUCGACCUGCCCAACUCGCUCAUCCGCUUCGAAGGAGGAGACAAGGUGACACGCGGAACGCCGAUGGAUGCUGACGAGUGGAGAACGAACGUCACAGUCAAGGUUCAAGGACAGAGCUACCUGUGCACCACCACUAUGGUCUGGAGCAAGAACGGUGCCAUCACUCCAAAUUGUGACAACAAGUCCUUGAACAAAGGCGUAUGCCCUCCCGUGCCGCUGGACGGCCUGGUGAUGUGUGGCGAUGACAAAGCCAUUCGUUACACAUUCGCCGACUACGAGGAGAACCUUGACUACACCAUCUUCGAGGAGCCCGUGGGAUUCUACUGCGAAGGAGCCGAGCGGGCGCAACUUCCCGAACUUCCUCGCGUCUUCUCGUUUUCUGCUGAGACCAAGGUGUCCGACAGCCAGGACGUACAGAAAAGCAAGGUGUGGUGCGACCUUCCCAGCUUCCUGGUUGCCCGGGAAACGUACAACGAGGAUGCUGACACGCCAGUUCUAAGGAGUGUCUACGACUACUAUACGGGCAAGUUGCCGUAUCCUAUACGCAGCAUAUAA